AUGAGAUUUUGCUUAUUGGCAUUAGUUCUUUUCCAAUUUUAUAUUUCGUGUCAAAAUCCAAACGAUCUAGAAUCAAAAAUAAAAUUACCAACUGUCACAAUAGCGGUUUUAGUGCGGAACAAAGCGUAUAUAUUGCCGUACUUCCUCUCUGCAUUGGAUCGACUGGACUAUCCCAAAAAUAGGUUAUAUUUGUGGAUAUACAGUGACUACAACUCAGACCAAUCUAUAGAGGUUCUAAGAGAAUGGAAAACAUUCCGUGAGGCGGAAUAUCAUGGGUUUUAUUUGAAAGCAGACGAAUUAACGCCUACACUUCAUCCGGACGAGAAGAAUGUGAGCAGCUGGACACCCAAGCGACAUAGGCAUAUAAUAAGACUGCGGGAAAAGGCGCUUAAUUUUGCUCGAAGAAAAUGGUCGGACUACUUGUUUAUGUUGGACGCUGAUGUUAUUUUGACGAAUCCGGAUACUUUGAAGUCGUUAAUCUGGCAGAGUGACAGUAUGGUCACUGGUCCGAUGCUAGAAUCUGACAGCCUCUAUUCAAACUUUUGGCAUGAUAUGUCCAAAGACUACACGUACAAACGGACAUCCGACUACCAGUAUAUAGUUACACGCGAUGAGGAAUAUUUGGGUUGCCAUGAAGUGCCAAUGCUGCAUUCAGCUGUGCUGGUGUCGUUGAAACACAAAGAGUCUGAUUAUUUGACCUAUGACCCAUCUAAAGUGGAAAACUAUGACGGUCCCCUAGACGAUACCGUCGCCUUCUGCAUAAACACCAUAAAAAUUGGUUCAAAACUGAAAUUGUGUAACGAAAAACCAUAUGGAUAUAUACCUAUGCCUUCAAUAAACUACUCGACCCGCGAGAAAGACAUACAGAAAUUGGUUAACAUCAAACUGGAGGCGUUGAGCAAAGGGAUUGUAUUCCCACUAGAUCCACUCGUUUCCAAAUAUGUUACCUAUCCGGAACCCUCGAAACUGACCAUGUCAAAAAUUUUCAUGAUUAACUUGGCAAGACGUAGCGAGAGACGUCAUCUCAUGAUGGAAAGCUUCAAGGAAUUGGGCAUGGAUGUUGAAAUAUAUGAAGCUGUGGAUGGAAAGAAGCUGACCAAAGAUGAUAUUGAUAAGUUGGGAAUCCAUAUGAUGCCAGAAUAUUCGGACCCCUUCCAUGCUCGGCCAAUGAAAGCCGGUGAGGUUGGAUGUUUCCUGAGUCAUUAUAAUAUUUGGAAGAAGAUUGUCGAAAAUAAAUAUAACUUAACAAUGAUCAUGGAAGACGAUGUUCACUUUGCGCCGUAUUUUAAAGAGAAAUUGGCUCGUGUUUUAAAGGAGGCUAAAGGAUACAAAUAUGAUUUGUUAUAUUUAGGAAGGAAAAUUAUGUUAGAAAAUGGUGAAACAAGAAUAACAAGUCACACUGUUCGUCCGUUGUAUACAUACUGGACACUCGGCUACAUUCUAACUUACCGGGGUGCUAAGAAACUGUUAGAAGCUAAUCCAUUGAAGAAUCUCCUUCCAGUCGAUGAAUUCUUGCCUAUAAUGUUUGAUACACAUCCAAAUGCUAUAUGGAUAAAGAAAUUUCCCAAACGCCAACUUCGAGCGCUAUCCGCCUAUCCCCUUUUAAUGAAUCCCACCCAUUACACGGGUAUGGACGGAUAUAUAAGUGAUACAGAAGAUUCAAUAAUUAUGAAGAACGCUAAAAAAAAACACAACGAGUUG